AUGCUGCCUUUAACGUUACUCUUUUCUUUUAUCAUAAUACCGUAUGCACAUAUCCUUGCUUCAUAUUGUGGCGAAGAUGCAAUUCCAUACAGUUUACAAGCAUUGCAAAGUGGUCAACCGGUGCUUGGAUGUGCCCGACCAUCGUGCUUUGGUUGGGGUAUCAAAACUGAUAAAGGCGCUCGAUUUUAUCGGAUACACAAGAAGAACGAUGGAUUUAUACGUGACAAUGAUCUCAAGAAAUAUGAUAAAGCAAAAGUUUUAGCACGACAAUCACAGCUAGCUUAUUGUGAGAAAAAUUAUGGCAGUUUAUCAUGCGAUGAGAAUACACAAUGGGUUGGAGGGUUAUCGCCUUCAUCCAAUAUUACUGCAAAACCACUUUUCCUACAAUGCUGCACAUUUGAUAACUUGAAAAAUUCUUGGGAUCGCGGAAUUGCGGACGUAGGUCCGGGACAAAUUGUUAUUGGCGGUGAGGUAAUGCAAGAUGAACGGCAAUAUGCUUUCGAUUACAUUGCUAAUAUAAAAAAAUAUUUCAAAAAGAAUGGAAGUGUAGCAUACAGUGUAACAAUUCGGCGAUUUUGGUGUCUUCCAUAUCUGGCAAAAUCCGAUCUUUAUGGCAAGUGA